AUGAGCUCCUACCUGGAGUACGUGUCCGGCGGCGGCGGCGGCGGAGGGGCCGGUGGCGACGUGGUCAGCUUCGCAUCCAAGUUCUGUCGUGCGGACGCCCGACCUGUGGCCCUGCAGCCCGCCUUCCCUGUGGGUCGUGGCGACGGCGCCUUCCUCAGCUGCUUGCCCCUGGCCGCCGUCCGACCCGCGCCUUCGCCGCCGGCCACCCCCGCGCAGCCGCCGGCCGCGCCCCGGUACGCGCCGUGCACUCUGGAGGGGGCCUGCGAGUCGGGCGCCGCACCUGCGGUAGCGGCGGCGGCGGCGGCGGGGGGCGCGGACUACAGCUUCCUGGGGCCCGGGCCCGCGUACGACUUUCCGGGCGCUCUCGCGCGGCCGGCCGACGACAGUGGGGCGCACGUCCACUAUGCCACCUCGGCCGUCUUCUCGGGCGGCGGCUCCUUCCUCCUCAGAGGCCAGGUGGAUUACGCGGCCUUCGGCGAGCCCGGCCCCUUCCCGGCGUGUCUCAAAGAGCCAGCCGACAGCCACCCUGGGGCCUUCCAGACCGCGUCGCCGGCCCCGGGCGCCUACCCCGAAUCCACGUCUCCCGCCUCCGGCCUCCCUGCCGCCUUCAGCACGUUCGAGUGGAUGAAAGUGAAGAGGAACGCCCCUAAGAAAAGCAAGCUCGCUGAGUAUGGAGCCGCUAGCCCCUCCAAUGCCAUUCGCACGAAUUUCAGCACCAAGCAACUGACAGAACUGGAGAAAGAGUUCCAUUUCAAUAAGUACUUAACUCGAGCCCGGCGCAUCGAGAUAGCCAACUGCUUGCAGCUGAAUGACACCCAAGUCAAAAUCUGGUUCCAGAACCGCAGAAUGAAACAGAAGAAAAGGGAACGAGAAGGGCUUCUGGCCACAGCCACCCCUGUGGCCCCCCUCCAACUUCCUCUCUCAGGAACAAGCCCCACCAAAUCUGGCAAGAACAUGGGAUGCCCUUCUCAGGCCCAGGACCCUUCAUGA